UCUCAUUGCUACUGUGAGUCCAAAUCAAGAAAAUCUCUAACCAUGGCAGGAGCUCCCAUCUCCAAAACCCAACUCACAAUUCUCUCCUUCCUUCUAUCCCUAGCCCUAGUUUUUGUCCUCGGAACAGCCGAAGAUGGUUUUGUCAGAGCCAUGGACAGGAAGCUUCUAGGGCUGAAAAAGGAGAAGUUCAGCCACUUCCGGUUCUACUGGCACGACAUCUACAGCGGCCAAAACCCUACCGCCCUGUCAAUAAUCACACCUCCGGCCAACACAUCGAAAAACGGGUUCGGCUCCGUUAGCAUGAUCGACGAUCCCUUGACAGAAGGGCCAGAACUAAGCUCGAAGUUGCUAGGAAAAGCUCAAGGUUUUUAUGCCUUAGCUUCACAGACUGAGGGUGCCCUACUCAUGGCUAUGAACUUUCAUAUAGUUCAAGGAAAGUACAACGGGAGCACUCUCUCCAUCCUUGGUCGAAACCAGGUGUUCCAUAAGGUUAGAGAGAUGCCUGUGAUUGGUGGCAGUGGCCUUUUCAGGUUCGCACGUGGCUAUGUUCAUGCUAGUACUUACAAGUAUGACCCUUCCAAUGGAGAUGCUGUGGUUGAGUACAAUGUUUAUGUGCUCCAUUACUAGUUUUUCAUGUGUGGUUUUUGGUUUUUUGAACUUGAUCAUUUUUGUUCUUGCCAUACAUCUUGUUAUUUAUGACAUGACAAUUUUGAAUUAUUUUUAUAAUAAUAAAUUAUAUAUAGUGGGAACAUUUGAUGAGAAAUUGGACAUGUUUCCAACAAUUAAUAAAUUAUCUGAUUGUGGAA